UUGGAGGCGCAACAACAUCUGCUUUGCAGUUCGAUUUAUCAGCACUAAAAAUUCUGUUCUAAAAAUGUGCUCCAAGUCCUUAGGCCUUGCCUUAGCGAUGUUCGUUUUAUACUUUCUCAUAGAACCACAACAUGCUUUUCAGGUUCCCGAAGUGGUUAAGAAACAGGUGAAAAAAGUUCAUGUGCGCUGUAUGAAUCAAACUGGCGUCGUUGAAGAAACAAUCGUUGCGGCACACAAGGGAUUAACUUUGCCAAACGAUCCAGCCUUUAAAUGCUUCCUUCACUGCAUGUUUGAAAUGUUUGGUCUGAUUGAUAGCGAGCACGUCAUGCACAUGGACGCAUUAUUGGAUGUCUUGCCUGAGGAGACGCAUCCUACGAUUAAAAACAUGAUCGAAACAUGUGGCACAAUAAAGGGCAUUGAUGGAUGUGAUACUGCGUUUCAAUCUGUUAAAUGUUACAUAGAUGUGGAAGGACCCUUUAUAAAGUCGGCUGUAGAUGAUUUACUCGGUUAGUGCGAACUUACUUAAACAAUUCACGAUCCAGAAUUCCAAGUAUCAGCAGACAGCGUACAAUACGCAGCGACUCGAUCUGAACGCGUAUCAAUUUACCCUGCAAAUUCAAAUGAAACCCUUAAAAUAAACAUUAUUUAUAAAUUUGAAGACAAUCAGCUACCUUAAUGUCAUCACGAUAAAAUAAAAAGCCUUUCAAACUUU